AUGCUAGGAUCAUCUGUAUCCUUGGAUGAUGAACUGGUUGACCAACCACCGCUCACCCAAGAGUCAGUAAUAUCCCAGGCUUGCUCAGAUGCUACAGAUGCAGGAACUGAGAGUGCCAUCGUGGAUCAAAGGGGAACAUCUUCAUCAGUCUCCGAAAUCACCAAUGUUCCUUCAAAUGACGUAGUUGUAGUUAGCCCUACAUUGUCACCGCGUCGAACUCUGCCUUCGUUGCGCCCAAUCGUCAUCGAUGAUCCCAUUCCCCUAGAGAUGAUGGGUAAAUUCACACCCGAACCAGCUACAAAUCAGAACCCACAUGUUCCCCCCCUGAACGCAGCAUCAUCCUCAUCGUCUGCACCGGAGCUACUAUCCGCUUAUACGUGUCCCAUUUGCUUCUCACCUCCCACUAACGCAACUCUGACACCUUGCGGUCACAUUUGCUGUGGAGCUUGCCUAUUUGCCGCUGUUAAAUCCACAGUGAAGCGGAACAUGGUGAUUGCUAUGGACAGAGCCCCUGUUCCAAGAUGCCCCGUUUGCCGUGCUGAAAUACCUGGGUGGGAUGGACGAGGGGGAGGGGUAGUUGGGUUGAAAGUGGCGGUUGUUUAUUCUCUUUGA